GGUCGUGGAGGAUCAGCCGAGGUUUACGAGGUCACGAAAGAUGGACGUCGUUUUGCUAUCAAGAUCGUUUCCGCGAGGAACACGAAACACUUAGAGGGGUUUCGGCAAGAAGUGGAAUUGUUGGAACGGUUCUCAAAAAGGCCAGAGAUUAUUCGAUGCUACGGAAGUCGGGCACUGGAUUUGAAGUUGUACAUUCUUUUGGAGUAUGCGGAAUGCGAUUUUCAUCAGUACGCUAAAAGGUUUCCACAGGGGAUGGCCCUGAAAACGAUCGCACAUUGCUGGUCCCAAAUGCUGGCAGCAGUGAAAAUCAUCCACGAGGCGAACAUUGUCCAUUUCGAUCUGAAACCAGCCAAUUUCUUGGUCGUCAAGAGUAAUUCUACUAAAACAACCUCCCUAAAACAACUCCAGCAAGAAUCAAGUUCAAGCAACGACAACGACUCCAUGAUGAUGAACAACUGCAAUAAUAUCAUUUUGAAGUUAUCUGAUUUUGGCUUAGCGCGCGCAGUGCAACCAGACAUGACGCACAUCUCCAGAAACGAACAGUGUGGAACGAUCAGAUACAUGGCACCCGAAGCCUUUUACCAGCCAGAAGAAUAUUUCAGCAGCAUGAAAAUGACGCCAGGUUGCGACGUUUGGUCUCUUGGUAUCAUCCUCUACGCCUUGAUCUACCUAAAAACGCCCUACGAGCAUUUCGAGGGC